CGCCACGGGCCCUCCCUGCAAUGCAGCGCCAGGUUGCGCACUUGUACUCUCCUCGCGCCCAUGCUUUUGAUCCUCUCCUCGCGCCGGAGGCUUCGCUAGCAAGCUACCUCGCUACCUGACUCCCACCGCGGCGACACCACCUUCUCCUUCUCGCCGCCGCCGUAGGCGGAGGAAUCCUAAACCCUCCACCCGGACCGGUUCCAAUGCGGCCCUCCUCGGGCCAGCUGCCGCUUCCGGCGGCGGUGUCCGCGGAGCUGGCGCGGCUCGAGGCGGAGGUGGGGCAGCCCGCCGACCCUCUGGCGCGCGCCCGGCUCGCAGGGCUUGGCGAGGCCGCGGCGGCGCGGGUGCUCCGGAAGAUUUCGAAAAACCGGCGCCCGGUGCAGAGACUGUCCGCCUACAUCAUGCGCAUGGCGGAGAAGGAAAUGAUGGAGCGUCACGCCUCGGGGAUCCCCACCGCCGACAGCGCCGCGUGCGGCUCCGGCCCCUUCCGCCGCUUCGCGCAAGAGGAUUCCAUAUCUCGAGCACUGCACUACGAUGAUGUUGAAAUGGAGGUUCAGAGCCCCAAUGGUGAAAUGGCCUAUGGUCUUUCGAACCAGGCAAGGAUCGACGAGCCUGUGAGCCCUGCCCGCCAGCUGCCUUGGUUGCAGUAUCAUGAUAGCCCCUACGUCAGGACAGAAGCUUGUACUGUUCCAGACCCGGUUGAGAGCCCACCGGGUUGGAUCUCUCCCGGGUUGCAGCAUCACUCUCCUUUCUCAGCUGUGGCUUCUCCAAUGGCCAAUCGUGGAGGAAUUGAAGCUGGUCGUCUCGAGUACCAGAUGUCCGGUAGCCCUGCUGCCCGGGAGUUCACAACAAGCACUGUUCGGGACAUUACAAAGCGUGUCCAACAAAUGGAUGGCCCAUCAGGAAUGGCAGGGCUGGCAGCACCACCUUCUGUUGCCACUGUGAACGAUUUGAGGGCAACAGCGAGCCCUCAAAUGUUAGCACUGGGGGAGCUAGAGUUUGAUCGUUUUUUCCUCAUACGUGUGUACCUUGCAGACAAGAAGAUAGAAGACAUGCUAGUGGAUGCAAACUAUAUCAAGUAUUUAAAGUCACUUCCCAUGGAUUGCUUUGAGUCGGAAAUCUGGAACAAAUUUGGAGAGGAGUCUGUACCGGCAUCGGAUAGAAGAAAGAACCUUGAUUGGGACUCAAGCAAGACAAGACUGUACCAUUGUAUUGUCGAGAAAAAGGAUGACUCCAUAGUUACAACUUUUAAGGGACCAUAUAUAGAGAAUACAAGGACUCAUCUGCAGAAAAGUCUUGGUGAUGACAAUGUUCUGGUUGUGAAGUUUGCAGAUAUACCUGGGCAUAUGAACACCGCAGAAAAAUUUGGUAUCUACUGUACAUAUUACAGUCAGGUUGCUGAAGAUGGUAUCAUUUUGGGUUUGCGGCGCUAUCGCUUUUUCAUUUUCAAAGAUGGAGGGAAGGAGGAAAAAAUUGAGGAGAAAAAGAAAGAGAGAAACGAACAUUGCAGCUCGUCUGUUAGGUGCUAUUUUGUUCGUACUGAGUCUGGGUGGGAUAGGGAUGAGCCUUAUAUCCUCUCCAACAAAACAAUUGAUCAGGCCCGUAGGCUCUUUAUGCACAUACACACUGCUCCAACUGUGGCGAAAUAUCUGUCAAGGUUUUCUUUGAUAUUAUCCAAAACUAUGACACUAAAUGUUGAAUUCCCGGAGGUUAAUGUUAGAAUAAUUGAUGAUGAACCUUGCAAGUAUGAAGAUGGAAAAAUCGUUGUCAAAGACGGGGAGCCCUUAAUCCAUACGGAUGGGACUGGCUUAAUUUCAUUAGAUUUAGCUCUAAAAUGCCCCACCAGUGUCUCCAAGGGACUUUUUUCGAAGGCACAUGACCUGCAAGAUACUGUAGAUUCAAAGCAACAUGGAUACCUCAUCCCUGAACAUCCUCUUCUAAUGCAGAUGCGUUUGUUCCAUAAUGGAUGUGCUGUAAAGGGAACCCUUCUAGUUGAUAGUAGGCUUCCGGAAGGGACCAUUCAUAUAAGACCAUCAAUGAUAAAAAUAAAAGCUGAUCCAAAUUCAUCAGGUAUCCAGACAUUUAACUCGUUGGAAGUAGUUACUACAAGCAAACGACCUAAAAGGGUAGUGACAUCAAGGUUCUUAAUCGCACUACUUCACUAUGGACGGGUUCCAACGGACUAUUUUGUCGAGCUUCUAGGGAAGGCACUGAAAGAUAUUAAUAAAGUUCGUCAUACAACUAGAGAUUGGCUGGAAGUUGCAUUUAACCAUGCUGACAUGGAUGAUUCAAUGUCUGCACGAAUGAUUCUUUCUGGAAUUCAACCACAAGAUGAGGCCUAUUUGCAAUCCCAGCUAGCUCUAAUGACUAAGGAGGAAAGAAAAGGAAUCAAACAAGGAAAGAUCCCGAUCGACAAAUGUUAUUAUCUGAUGGGCACAGUGGAUCCCACAGGGACCCUGAAACAGGACCAAGUUUGCGUGAUACUUGAUGAAGGUCAACUUUCUGGAAAGGUCCUUGUUUAUAAACAUCCUGGGUUACAUUUUGGCGAUAUACAUGCCUUGACCGCAACUCAUAUUAAUGGUUUGGAGGAGAUCGUGGGAGAUUCCAAAUACGCUAUAUUUUUUCCUACUUCUGGACCAAGGUCUUUAGCUGAUGAGAUGGCCAAUAGCGAUUUUGAUGGCGACAUGUACUGGGUCUCAAAUAACACACAGCUACUGAAGCUGUUCCAACCUGGUGAACCAUGGGUUCAAAGAAUUACAUAAAAAAAGAUGGAACAGAAGAAGCCUCAGGAUUAUGAUGGAUUCAAGCUGGAAAGCCUGUUAUUCCAUGAGUUCUUGAGAUGUAGAUUUACACCCAGUUAUGUUCUGGGUACAGCUGCAAAUUGUUGGUUAACAUUUAUGGAUCGCCUUCUGACAUGUGGAGUUUCUGAGGGUGAAAAGGAAUCAAUAAAAGCUAAGAUGCUUGUGUUGGUUGACAUAUACUAUUUGGCUUUGGAUGCUCCAAAGACAGGGAACAAGAUCAAUAUUCCUGAGCAUCUGAUGGUCAAGAAGUACCCACACUUCUUGGAACGGGAACCUUCCUACCAUUCAACAUCCGUGCUGGGCAAGAUCUACGAUGAAGCGAUUUCACAACAGUCUGAAACUGCACCUCCAAUCAAUAUACAGCCCCUCGAAUGCUUUACAAAGGAAGGAGUAUCUGAAGAAUACAAGCGCCGUUGGACAUAUCUUUAUCGCGAAUACUUGAAUGAGAGCUCUUCACUCUGCAAGCAAGAAAACAAGGAAGAAAAGAACAUCAAGUUCCGAGAACUCUACCAAAAGCAUAAGCGGACGUUGUACCACGCCGAGGAGUUCGAAGAGAGCCCAAGGAGCCGCUCGGAUCUGUUCAACGAGGCCUGCGCGGUGUACCAGGUGGUGUACGAGCACGCGCUGCCUCGCAACGAGGUCGGCAAGUGCGGCUUCGCGUGGAAGGUGGCGGGCCGCGCGCUGUGCCAGUUGUACGCGCGGCAGCGCGGCGGCGACACGGUGCUCUGCUCGCUCCCGGUCGUGGCCGAUGCUCUCAGGAAGAAUCGCGCGUAGCACGUUGCUCUCUGCUCGGGACAGGAGCCUGAGGAGCGCCUGUUGUAGCACAAGCAGAUGUUGCAGUAGCAGUGCUAACGUUAGGAGAUGCACAAGGUGCGAACCUGUAAAGCUUAAUUCACCUGCGUCAAGCAGAGAAUGAUGUCUGUGUGUAUGGUAUGUAUCGCUCGUAGUGAUGUCUAUGGAUCGACUGGGUUCAGACUUUCAUUCGGAAUAAGGACUCGUCCAUGCCCUCUGUUUCAUCAAGAACAAAAAACUUGCCCA